UCAUUUUACAUUUCGCGAUUGCAAGCAUAAGACGUUUUCGCGGUUUAGCGCUUAUCGAAGAAUUUUGAGCAGGAAAUUUUUUUAAGUGCCUUGUUAAAUUUUAUUAAAUCGAUCCAACAUUGAACUUCUGCAGUGCAAUCAAAUCUAUCUGGGAAGGAUAUCAUUUGGUUAUCCUCAUAAAAGGAUAUUUCGAAAAAAUAUUAAAAAUCAAGCAAUAAAAAAAAUAUUUUGCAAGUGUUUAAAGUAAACAUAAAUCUGUGAUAAAUAUUAAAACAUAAAAUAAAGCUUCAAUGUUGGAGGUGAUGUUAAAAGUUUUCGUUUCACAAGUUAGUGCCAAAAAGUGUCGUUGUUUUUAAAGAUAAUAAAGAAAAAUUCUUAAAGCGUAUAAAUAAUUCAUUCAACAUUCAAUUAUCAAUUAGAAUGAGAAUAGAUAUAAAAGAAUUCUUCAGUGAAGAUAUACGACCGAUGCUGGUCACAUGUUGAAAGUGUUGGAAGAUAAAAAAAUUAUUAUCUCAAUGAACGAAAGACAUUUUUCAAAAAGGAUAUCGAAAAAACUACUUCAAAGUGAUUUAAGAAAUCAAAAUUAAGACGUUCAACAUCAUCGAAGAAAGGCUCAAACAACCUGAUAAAGCACACAAAAACUCCUCAACUUUAAUAUGGGAUUACACAAAAAUUACCUGAAAGUCGGUCAAAAUGCGAGCAAUCAAAUAUUUGGAAUACCGCGUGUACAUCGUGGUUCAACCCCUCUCUCGAUGCUCAUCUCCUAUGGAGCUAAAUUCAACAGUAAUCGUGUGGCUGUGAUAGUGUUUGGUAUAAUUACUUUAAUAGCUGGUGUCAUAUUAUCGUCUGUUCCUUGGUUAAAUUAUUUUAUUUUAAAGAAUUUAAGAUUGUGGAAUGGAACGCUUAGUUUCCACUAUUGGCAACGUCCAGGUGUGAUACGUUUAACAAAAGUCUACAUUUUUAAUGUUACAAAUCCAGAAGAAUUUCUCAAUGGAGAGAAACCAAAACUAGUUGAAGUAGGACCUUUUGUUUAUAGGGAAGACAUGGAAAAAGUAAAUGUUAAGUUUUAUGAUAAUUACACUGUUUCAUACCAGCACAAGAAGAUUUUGCAAUUCGUUCCCGAGCUGAGCGUUGAUAAGAAUCUUCGAAUAAUUACGCCAAAUAUUCCACUACUUACACUUACGACGCAGAGUAAGCGGCUUGGAUAUGUGGUGUCGAAAACGAUAUCACUGAUGCUAACAGCAGCGAAGUAUAAGCCUUUCUUGUCAGUUACUGCUGACGAGCUGGUGUUUGGUUACGACGACACGCUGGUCAGUUUAGCGCAUAAGUUUUAUCCGCGGAAUAAACGGCCUAUGGCAAAGAUGGGACUUCUUAAUGGGAGAAAUGGAACACUCACUGAAGUCUCAACAAUCAACACUGGACUAGGAGAGAACGGAAUGCAAAAGUUUGGGUACAUUGACCGCUUGAACGGUCUCGAUCGAUUACCUUUCUGGAGAGAACCACCAUGUUACAACAUCAGCGCGUCUGAAGGUUCAUUCUUUCCGCCAAGAGAUAUCACAAAAUCCGAUACAGUCUAUGUUUACGACAAAGAUUUAUGCCGAAUCAUUCCAUUAAAAUAUUCCAAGUCAGUGGUCAAAGAUGGCAUUGAUGCUGAUUUGUAUUUGUUACCGCGCGAUAUUUUCGGCGGUAAGAAUAAAGACAACCAAUGCUUCAAUGAAGACGAUUACGUAGCCGAAGACGGACUUCAGAAUAUAAGUCCGUGUCAAUAUGGUGCCCCAGUUUUCAUCUCAAAUCCACACUUUUAUCAAUCAGAUCCAAAAUUUCUUAAGCAAGUCGAAGGUUUAUCACCGCAACGAGAACUUCAUGAAACAUAUUUCAAAAUUCAACCAAAAUUGGGCGUCCCUGUUGAAGGCAAAGUUCGUGUUCAAUUGAAUCUUAAGGUUGAUCAUACGCCGAACAUCCAAGCAGUUGAAAAGUUCAGAGAUUUUAUGUUUCCAAUUAUGUGGCUCGAAGAGGGUGUGAAUGAGUUGACACCACCAAUUCGUAGAUGGAUUUAUCUUGGAACAGUUUUCGCUCCUACAGCCAUUCCAAUCUUCUCUUAUGCGAUGAUUGUUGGUGGUGCGUUCAUCAUCAUUUUCGUGUUUGUUCGAGCGUAUAAGAACUUUGUAUUCUCAAGUGACCCAACUGUUGAGUUGCUUGAGAUGGGACGAAGAUCACUAAGACGAGGAAGCAAUCUCAUUAUCAAUGGACAACAUCGAAUUCUUGCACAUCGCGACAGUUAUCACUUGCUGAAAUCAUCGCCAAAAUCACAUCACACGUCGCACAACAAGCAUCAUGUUAAACCCAUGGUGACGAUAAAUUCUUCAAGCAGUAAUGACGAAGAAUCAUAAACUCAAAGACUUAAAUGCUAACUUUUUCUAAUGGGGAAAUAGAAGGGAGAAUUAUUGGAGGAGAAAAAAAAUUAUUUAGUCGAUAAAGACGAAUUUUUGUACGUUUUUUUUUCAUUAGGAUAUUAUUAGGCAAUUAAGAAUAAAUUAGUUAAUAUUUAAAUUAAAGGUUGUGGUACACAAGUUUUAGAUCUUGAAGUGGAGAAUUUUAAUUAUCUAUGAGAAUUAACGAGAUAUAUUAAAAUGUGACAUAUCUUGGAUAUCUCCAAAUGAUUUCUUCUUAAAUUUUUCGGAAAAGUUUUCUAAAUUAUUCUUCUUUUGAUCUUCAAUUUGUUGGUCAUAACCUUCGUAUGGUAAUAGCUUUCAAAGAAGCGAAACAAAGCGCCUUAAAUUGCUCAAUUUAUGUUAACACAAAAUGUUAUGUGUAAGUAAUUAUUAUGAAAAUAUAUUUAUCUUAAGGGCUCGUUCGCUUGUUGCGUCAUGACAACAUUUAUAACUAAUGCCAUUGAAGUGAGAAUAUCUCGACCAACUUAAAAGAGUCAUAGUGAAAAUGUAUGCAAUAUUAGUCAUAAUAUUGAGUCAAUAAUCAAAUUAAUUUUUUUAUAAUUACCGACGUUAUGUGCGAACGAUCCCAAAUCUGAUAGGAAAUGUUUUUAAAAAAAUGUGUCAAAAAGAAUUAAUAAAAGAAAUAAAUAAAAUCGAAGGGCUGUUUAAUUU